AUGGAGACUACCGCACCACGCUACAAGAUGCAGUACCAGUCCUUGAGAAAAUGGACACCGCUCUCGAUGCAAUCGAAGAAGAGUUCGAGAAACGCUGACUUCCGCUAUAAGAGCACGAAAGCGAGACAACAGAACGACAUCUCAACACCAGUCACUCUGCAAAAUGAACAAGUGGCAUCUCCACAUCAUCCUAGACCCGACAUGAUCGACCAGUCCUCGCGAAAUCUUUGCAAUUUCGUCGAUGCAUCUCUUCUCAGCAAGGUGGAUCUUCCAAUGUUCAGCGGUUCGAUUCUUGAGUUCCUAGAAUUCUGGGAACGUUUUUCCACCUUGAUCGGGAAUAAACCGCACAUCGAUGACGCAACCAAGUUUUCCCUGCUGAAAUCUUCACUCAAGGGAAAAGCACUCCACUGCAUCCAAGGCCUCCCGAUUACAUCCGCCAACUACCACAUUGCGGUGGACAUUCUCAAAACGUACUUCGACGAUCGAGUAACAACCCGACAUGUGUUGUUCUCCAAAUUAGCGAGUCUCCCACCGUGUGACCCAACAGGAAAAGAGCUACAGGUACUUUACAACCAAAUGUAUGCUCUAAUACGACAAUUUUGCACUUAUGAAGACGGCAGCAAGGAAUAUGGUCUUGGAGCUAUUCUCCUAAACAAACUACCGUGCCAUGUGAGAAGCCGGAUCUGCGACAAAACCAACAACCAAACCAAUCUUACACCAACGGCACUCAUCCGUCUUCUCACGGAUAUUGUCAGGAAAGAAUCCACGUUGCGUGAAAUGGAGUCCCAGGAACCCGACUCUACAAGCAGGUACACGUACCACGUCAUUCAUAAUCAAACGCUAAUGAUCCGUUCAAAGAAGGUCCUGCUAUCCGUCCGUCAGAAAAGAUGCAAUUUCUGGUCGAAGAUGAAUCACAACUCUUUCAACUGCCAGACAUACAAGACGGCAUCAGAAAGAAUCCAGGUCGCCAGAAACAACCGCAUUUGCUUCAACUGCUUGUCUGGAAAUCAUCUAACGAAGGAUUGCACCUCGAAGAAAACGUGCUCUCAUUGCUCAAAACGACAUCAUACGUCACUCUGCUUGAGAUAUUCUCAGAGAUCGCUCGCCUCAACGCCAAUGGCGACGCAGAUAGUUCACGUAGCUAACCGUAGCGAACACCCUAACCAAACUGAGAAGAACCGAUUUCAUCGACCAUCACAGCGACAACAUCACGAACAACAGGAUCACAUACACUUCUCGGAACAACCUUCACUCCCAUCCAACCUUGCGGAACCAGCCACUACCCUUCACACCACUCAGCUACCACACGAAACAGUUAAACCUCCACUAAUGUGUGCUGACGUCGUACUCUUCAACCCAAACAACGAAAAUAAGGAAGUUCACGUCACGGCUCUAUUGGACACGGGAGCAUCUCAAUCCUACAUCACAAACGAUCUGAUCGAACAACUCCAACUACAACCUUCGAACUCACAACGAACAACAAUGUUUACGUUCGGAACGGAAAAACCGAUGUCAAUGCCACUGACCACGAAAUCGGCAUCCGCUGCACGGACAACACCACACAUCUCCUCCAUGUCCAAGCACUACCUAUACUGA